UCUUGAGGCUUGAAGAAACGAAACGUGUACAGGCAGAGAAGAGGGAGAAUCAAUCGAUCCGAUAAUCCAUCGAUCCCCGUGAAGGAUUAUUCACAGACCCACAGAACACAGCCGUGCAUGAACUCCCACGUCAACUGCUCUCAAUCACCAGCGCCUUACCCCCCUCCCCCGUCCUGCGUUAAUUGGAUCAUCCCGAGCGCCUCAGCCCUUUGAUUUCCAGUGGCGUCCCGGGCCCCCGGCACGUACCACUUCCCAGGCCGGGUGCGACGCAGGGGUGGCGAGGUGAGGAGGGCAGGGAGAGGCAUCGCGCGGCUUGAAUGAAGUGAUGAAGGAAUGGGGGGGGGUGACUGCUGUAGAUUCAUAAGCCCCCGCCUCCCCCUCCUUCCCUCCCCCUCUCUCUCUCCACCUCCGAGGCUCAAACGCUGCUGAGCUCGUUAUUAGCGGUCCGGACUCCGGCGGAGACGCACGGCUCAGCCCAGGACGGAAUAGCGGGACAGGACCCGCCGCACCUGCGCGGAGAGUUUCGCUGCCAGACCUCGGCUUCGCUUCGGGCGGGAAGAAAACGGGCUGCAUCUCGAAUCGAAGAGCUCCCCAAGGCACGCAUAGAUCGAGUAAUCAGGUGAACGAUUCAGGUUCGAAUUCUGAAAUGAAAAUAAAUAAACCGACCAAUUAGCAAGUAGCGUUUCGAACAACCGGGUGCUGCAGGUUCUGAAUCAUAAGAGAAACGCGCAGACCCCGUGCACGCCAGAUACUGGGAAGGACCUGACGCUGAAGACCGCUGUGUGUGAAGAUGCUUUUGGAGGACGGGAAAGCAUAAGACUGCCUCUGCGGUGAACACAGCACGGCGAUCCCUCACACCCCCCGAUUUCUUUUGAAGAUUAUCAGAAAAAAAUCGCACCCGCAUUGAAGAAGAGCGUGUUUUUUUCUGCCGCUUGUUACAGAGCCGAGAGCGAGCAGACGGACGGACCGACAGCGCGCCGCAGAGCCGGACCGUCACGACCGACAGCGAGCUGCUGCGCCGCUUGGGUCUCCAGAGCUGACCUGCGGCUCGGCUGCUGUCGCGGGCUGCCCUUCCGCCUGGCCAGCCGGCGUGCCGGAGAGGAGCCGCCACCUCGCCCCCGCCCUUGCCCCCACGCCAGUCGCCUUCGGACCCGACACCGCGCGUCGCGCCCCGCGGAAGGAUACAUUUUUUCCAAUAGAAAGCAAAGAAACGUCACAUCUGUCAAACGCAGCCCCGGUCUGCCACGAUGAAUUACUUGCGUCGUCGACUGUCGGACAGCAAUUUCAUGUCCAACCUGCCGAACGGCUACAUGAGCGACCUGCAGCGGCCCGACCCUCCGCAGCCCAGCCCGGCGGUGUCGCCCGGGCCGCCCGAGAGGCGCCAGUCUUCCAGCCAGUCCGCCGGCUCCGGCUUCUUCUCCUCCAUCUCCAACGCCGUCAAACAGACCACGGCGGCCGCGGCGGCGACCUUCAGCGAGGCGACGGACCGAGCCACCGGACCGUCGAGGGCCAAGAUCCUGCUGGUCAUUGACGACCAACAGACGGACUGGGUCAAGUUCUUCAAAGGCAAGAAGGUGCAUGGCGAAUUCGACAUCAAGGUGGAGCAGGCCAGCUUCUCGGAGAUAAACCUGGUGGCUCACGCGACAGGCAGCUACAGUGUGGACAUCGAGGCCCUGCGCAACGGGAACAAGAUCACGAAGUCUUUCCGGCCGGACUUUGUCCUGGUCCGGCAGCAUGCCUUCAGCAUGGCCAAGAACGGAGACUUCCGCAACAUCGUCAUCGGGCUGCAGUACGCCGGCCUGCCCAGCGUCAACUCCCUGCACACCGUCUUCAACUUCUGCGACAAGCCCUGGGUGUUUGCCCAGAUGACCAGGCUGUACAAGAAGAUGGGGCCUGAGGACUUCCCCCUGAUCGAGCAGAUCUACUACCCCAACCACAGGGAGAUGAUCACCACGCCCAGGUUCCCAGUGGUGGUGAAGAUGGGACACGCGCAUUCUGGGAUGGGAAAGGUGAAAGUGGACAACCAUUACGACUUCCAGGACAUCGCCAGCGUGGUGGCGCUCACCAAGACCUACGCCACAUCCGAGCCUUUCAUCGACGCCAAGUACGAUGUGCGCAUCCAGAAGAUCGGCAACAACUACAAGGCCUACAUGAGGACCUCCAUUUCGGGGAACUGGAAAACCAACACGGGCUCCGCCAUGCUGGAACAGGUGGCCAUGUCGGACAGGUACCGGCUGUGGGUGGACUCCUGCUCGGAGAUCUUCGGGGGGCUGGACAUAUGCGCGGUAGAAGCCCUUCAUGGCAAAGACGGCAAGGAUUACAUCAUCGAGGUGGUGGGCUGCUCCAUGCCCCUGAUCGGAGAGCACCAGGAUGAAGACCGCGCCCUCAUCGCUGACCUCGUCCUCAACAAGAUGAACCAGACCGUGUCCAGGACCCCCAUCCCCUCGCCCCUGCGCCCCACGGCUGCCGCGCAGCCUGCCCAGCCCCCCGUGCCGCAGGCGGUCUCUCCCCAGCCCGCGCAGGCACAGCCACGGCCCGCCCCGGGACCCCAGACAGGACCCCCAGCUCAGCAGCGCCCAGCGCCACAAGGCGGCCCCCCGCAGCCUCCCCCGGGAGCCCAGGGCUCGCCCCAGAGGAGCCAGGGGGGGUCGCCCCAGACGCAGCGCCAGCAGCCCCCCCCACAGCAGCAGCAGCAGCAGCAGCAGAGACCUGCGGGGGCGCCAGGGCCGAAGCCAGGGGGUGGGCAGCCCCAGCAGAGACCCCCGCAGCAGCGCCAGCAGGGCCAGUCCACCCGGCAGCCGGGCCAGGGGGGCCCCCAGCCCCCCCAGCAGCAGCAGAGGCCUCCCCCCCAGCAGGGGCCCCCUCCCCAGCAGGGCCGGCCCGUGGCCCCCACCACCCAGCAGCCCCGGGCCUCCGCCCAGGGCCAGGGGGGCCCGCUGGGGCUGGCCGGGCCCGGAGGGCGACCCCCUAUGCAGCAGAAGCCACAACCCCCCCAGAAGCCCAGCCAGGACCACCCCAGCAUGGGCAUGGGCGGACCCCCGCAGCUGAACAAAUCCCAGUCUCUUACCAAUGCCUUCAACAUUCCAGAAACUUCAGCGGCGCCCCGUUCCAGCCUUAGCCAGGACGAGGUGAAGGCCGAGACCAUCCGCAACCUGCGCAAGUCCUUCGCCAGCCUCUUUUCAGACUGAGCCAACCAGAACCCCGACACCCCUCCCCCCCCACCCUGGGGACUCUCGGACUCCACUUCCAGUCACCCUGACAACACAGCCUGAUCCCCGGACUCCUGCUCCUCCCCCGCCCCGGCACCUGGAGACGAGUGGGAGACCCGAACCCAGGGAGCCCUCCGCGAGGAGGAAGCCACCUGCACGCCCACGCCCCUCAGCUCCCCGUCCGUCUCUCUGGAUUCUCCUGAAGAGGGCGCCACACACGCUGCGCUCCGAACACAAGCAUGUUUUCGUCCUGUUCAUUUGCAUGUCCGCGGUGUGUGGAAUCACUCUGCCCUCCAUCUGACCUGGACAGACAGUGCUGGUGCUCAUGGCCCCAUUAGCCAUCCUGUCAGCCAAUGGCCUUGCAGAACCCUCCCCGUCAGGCAUCCCGUCAGCCAAUGGCCUUGCAGAACCCUCCCCGUCAGGCAUCCCGUCAGCCAAUGGCCUUGCAGAACCCUCCCCGUCAGGCAUCCCGUCAGCCAAUGGCCUUGCAGAACCCUCCCAGUCAGGCAUCCUGUCAGCCAGUGGCCUUGCAGCACCCUCCCCUCAGGUGCACAGUCAGCUCUGCAAGCAGGAACGUCUUCGUUUCUGUAAUGGAAACAGCACCCAUGUACUUUACAGAAAACCUUCACGUGUCUUUUCAAGAGAAGAUGCCCAUGAAACCAUUACCCUGCUGGGUGUAGAUAACUUCCUGAUCUUGCAAAAAUGUACCUGCAGAUUAUAACAAAGGCCUGGCUUUCUUCUUCAGUCCCCACCUAUCGCUGAUUUCCCAGUGGAGAGAUCCCCCUUUGGGAAUCGAUAGGGACCGAUGCCUCCUGCCCGCACUGUUCCAAUCCGAUCAGUAUGGAUGUCCGCUGUCCUGCAGCUCUGUGUGGCGGGAUUCCUCAGGCCUGAUGCGGGGGUCUCACUGUGGCCGGUUGAGAGGCCUAGUUUGCCUUUGAUCUGAAACCUCCCUUGAGUGUCAGUGGCUGAACAGGACUGAGCCUGACGUUCUCAGUCACAGCCGCAGCACUGCCUGUCCCCAGAAGAGCAGGGCCCCACGCCCCAUGCGGCGGACCGUAACCUCGUCGUCACACUCAGUGGUUCCUGUAGAACGUCUGUGUUGUUACUGUGGAUAUAGUGUUGCUGCUCCCACUUCCUCCCUCCUCCCCAGUCUCUCCCCGUUUCUCUUCAGAUCCGAGCCCUGAAACUGGAGUUCAGCCCCUGAAACUGGAAAAGCCAGCUUGUGUGUUUGUCUCAGGGAUACCCCGGACUGGGUAGCUUGUUUCCUCCCUCGUCUUAUUCAUGCAGUAGUCCUCCUGGGCCACAGGGGGUGGUGUGGAGAAUACUGGAAGGGCCUUUGCUGGCUCAGCACUCAGGAUCUGCAGGAAAUGUCCGGCAGGACUGGAAAUGUGCUCUGAUGGAAACUCCUAGCUGAUUUUAACACAGUCUCUCGUACCUCUCUCCUACCUGUCGGAGGGCUAUGGCUUUCGCUUGUGCCGAAUGGGUGCCGUAUGAAGGACCUGUUCCAGCCUGGGUGAGGGCAUGAAAGUGCAUACGCCAUUCCAGUCCAACCACUGCUCCAGCAAGAGCUGGUUUCUCAUGCAGAAGAUACUAUCUUUUCUCUGCUUCCUGCCAAGGUUGAGCAUACUGGUUACAGCUGGUAAUUAAUACAUUUCUUGUAAAAUAUACACAAAUUCUGUCAAGACUGGAAGGAAAGGCAGCCUUACGACAGUACAGUCGGUGUACUAGUUUUCAAACCCAGCCAUCUUUAACAGCUGAGCAGGAAAUCAGUGACUGACCAUGCUCUGAUUGGCUAGGGUGUCUAACUGGCCACACUCUGAUUGGCUACUGUUUCUUAAUGGCCACUCUCUGAUUGGCUAGUGUCUCCAGUUUUAGGGCUCCCUGAACUAUGCCAAGUAUGUUAUCCCCAGUCCCACCCCCCCUCCCCGGGCCCCUUGUGGCCUGUUGUAGAAGUUACUCCAGCUUCACUCUCGUGUCUCGGUUAACCCUGCCCAUCCUUGCCAGCCCAGCCCGUAGUAACCAGCUCUUCCCUUCUCCUUGGGGCCAGAAUUGGCAUCAACACAGAUGGACCCCCAGUCUGCAGUUUGGUGGUGUUUACUGUGUACUGGUCUGAAAUCGAUCUUCAACUGAAUUGGCUCACUGUCUGUAUCAUUAUAACGCUAAUUGACCAGGCCUGCAAAAGUUAAAUCCUGAGACUUCUUAAAGACCUGGGCCGAGCUUGGAGAAUCACCCAGCAUAAUCCAAAUACCGGUGAGAUUCCAGGGGCUAAAGAAACACUGUCCUGACAUCUGAAGAUUGAAACAGAAAAUGCUUUGAUUUUUGUCUUUUGUAUUACAGCAGAGAAAUUCUUCAAAGCUUUUAGCAAGGUUUAGAAAAUCAACUGUCUGCGAAGACCGAUCCCAAAGCAUUGUGCAACCACAGUGGAGAAUCUUCCUUCCUUGUCACAGUUCCUUUUCUUAUAUCUGAUGCUCAGAGAGGACUUUGCAGAAUAGGAGCCUUGCGAAAUCAGCAGCUGAGGCUGUAGAUCUAUAUGCAAGCGGCACAGUGUUAAUGUCAUUCUGACAGGUCAGGAGCAGGUCACUGCGCUGCGAGCCUGUCAGUGCCACAGUGGACACAAUAUGCAAUCUAGAAAUCUGGGUUUCAAUCUUUUUUCUUUUUUUUCUUUAGUGUUUCAUUUACAUUUGUAUGUGGAACGAUUUAGAAAGACAUUUAGGUUAUAUACAGACUCUCCUCUUAAAAUCAGACUAAAACACAUCCUGGAGCGCUCUUGACAUCCGCAGUGCUCUGUGACAGCUGCUGCUCUCUCUGGGAACGGCUGGCACUGCGACAGCAGCCCUCUGCAUUUCAAACUCAAUUACGGCACUCUGAAAGGACUGCAAGAAACUGUUUCCACGCUUUUCUCAAAAUAUUUAGUUUUAAUAUGUUGUCAUAAAUACAAAAACCUCAGAACUGCAAGGAUGGUAGCUGCUUGAGAGCCUAUAUGGUUCUCAAAUGGGCUGUUGUGGUUUUUGAGUUGUGCGAAGUCCAAACCAGCUCCAAAUCCAGAAUCCCGAUCCAAAUACUGAAGAGAUUCCAGGGUCUAAAGAAACACUGUCUUGGAAUCUGAAGAUCAGACCAGAAAAUGCUUUGAUUUGUCUUUUAUAUUACAGUAGAGAAAUUCUUCAAAGCUUUAAUCAAGGUUGAAAAACAGCUCUACGCUAAAACGAAUCCUUAAGCACUGUGCAACCACAGUGGAGAAACUCCCUGCGCUGGUCUGACACGAAUGGAUUCUAAUGCAACCUUUUCACAUCUCUCGUCCUCCAAGGAGCUGAUAUUGUCACCGUGCCGCCCCUCUCACCCUGUGGGUUACAUGUUUAGAUGCUUCUUCAGUCAAAUUCUGCCCCCAGCCCCCAUGACCCCAUGACCCCCCAGAAUGCACCUGUGCAGCUGUAAAUAAACCCACAUCCUUUGUGCAUCCAGAGUGAUCCCUUGUGAGUAAAGUGCAUACACCAUGUAUAAGUUGUACCGUAAACUGUAAAACCAAAUAAAAGUAUUGUACAGUUAGUGGUUACUAUGAUGAUGAAAUUGUGAAGCUUCUGUCUCUCUUUUAAAAGAAACUUUUAUUUUCCCUGUGCCUGUGGUUCUGUCCGUGUGUCGAUGAAUCCUUGCUGUAUAUUUUGUACUGUUUUAUUUGUUAGUGCUGAUUUAUGUCGGAGUCUUCUGACGCUUACCAAAACAACUGCAGAAAACACCAGACAAAAGCUGGCUUUGGUUUUUGUCUUCUGCACUGGAAAAAUCAAAUGUCUUCGCUCGCUGGCUGCUAGGUAGGUACUGUUCCAGUUGGAGAGAGAAAAAAAAACUGUUCAGAUUGUGCAAAGUAUCCGGAUUCUUUCUGGAUCCAGAUUUCCAAGAACAGGUAGAGGUGUUAACCUCUGUCUUCUUUUCUGGAGCCACCUGGGAAUGGUGUGCUCACCUGCUGGAUUCCCAUAAGGAAAUCAGCCAUGCAAAGACAGCGGGUAGGCAGGUCUCCCAGCUGGGCUGCUGUUGCACAUGAAGGGAUCGACACUUGCAGCCUGCAGUGCAGCUACAGAGACUGGACAUUGCACAGAAGUGAGAGUGAUUUUUACUUAAAACCAACAUUCCACUGUUCUUGAUAGGGAGUGAUAAGUUUUUUUUAUAUUUAUCUUUUCCUUUGAAGAUUUACAAAAACGUUUCUUGUCAUUGUUUUUUAGUGACUUUAACAAGAUGUCUUUAUUUUUUUCAGUGUGCUGACUGAGCUCUGAAUGUACACCUCUGUAGUGCAAUAUGCUGUUCUGAAUUCUGGAGCUGUUUGUCCUUGACACCCUGUGUAUUGUAUAAAGCCUAUGAUUUAAAAAAAAGGUAAAAAAAGAAUUAAAAAUUAACAGAAUUGUAAACCAUCACUGAGUUACUGUGACCAAGCUGUUUAGGAAAUAAUUGUACAAACACGUGUCUUUGAUGUGAUUGUAGGUGUGACAACUAAAUAUAAAAAAAUCUAUGAUAUUAUUGUGCUAUUGAAAUGAAGAGACGAUAAAUAAAGUCUAUAAUUAUAUCUUAAA